AAUUUAUAUCAGUAAUGAUAUACCGUAUGUCGUUUCCUUGACCAGCUCAAGCAUUUACUACAUAAACUGAAAAAUAUUGGUAGAUAAAGCUUUCCUGUGAAUCAUUUAACUAAUAUUAAGUUACAUGACCGCUUGUAUUUUUUUUUAAACAGCUUUAUUUCUAUUCAUUUUCAAAAUGCAUGACAAACAAUUAUAUUUGGUACAUUGUUAAGAGACUGGGUGAAAAACAAACACAAUAGCAAAACCUCAAAAUAACCUGACAACUAUUCAACACAACUGGUCAUGCCUAUUAAAGUGUCAAUAAAUCAGUCAUUAUUUAUUCUUUCUUUCUCCCCCUCCACCUCCACCCAUCCACCUCAGGCCCCCCCACCCUCUACGUCUCUCACUUACAGGAUAAUACAGGUCCAACUAAUAUGAUUACACAACCAUAGUACUGCCAGCUUAUGUUUGAGCUAAUCCAAAAAAGAGUCAUUCUGCAUCCCGGUCAGUCACAUCCGUAGAUGAUAACAUUUCCAUGAAGGGGCCCCAUAUUGCCCCAAAUGCUGCUUGUUUUCCUCUCAUAUUAUAAAGAAUCUUUUCCGGUUUACAGUAAGACACCAACUCAUCAAUCCAAUGUCUUAUUGGUGGCGAUUUUUCAGAUUUCCAAUUUUUCAAAAUACAUUUUUUUGCUGCUGUGCUUGCAAGAAGAAUAAAGUAUUCCUUAUAAUAAUUUAUUCUAAUAGUUGUUAAAUCUCCUAAAAUCCACACCUUGGGUUCUUGUUCAAUCUGAUGUCCCACAACUCUUGAUGUGAUCUCAAUCAUGUGUUUCAAAAAGUUUCCUAUUAUUGGACAAUACCAUAGCAUAUGCAGAAGGUCCCCAUUGGUCACCUUGCAUCUCUGACAUUUGGAAGAAAUUUUGUUGUCCAUCUUAUUCAAUCUAUACGGAGUGUAAUAUGUCCUAUGGAAUAUAUUAAAUUGAGUUUGUCUAUGGUUUGUAGAAAUAAACAUGGUUUGUGACUGUUCUAAUAGUUGACUCCAAUCCUCUUCCUCAUAUACACAUCCAAUUUCCAUUUCCCAUUUUUGCUUUUAGCCUCCUGAUGUAUUGGUAGUGUUCCAUUAAGUAUGCCGUGCAUAGAGGACGUCAAUCCUUCUGUUGAACUGUCUAGCUUGUGACAUAAAUAUGAUUCAAGGCAGGUUUCAACCGGGAUUGCUGGAAAUGUCUCGCUAGACUCUUUAAUCCAACCUCUGAUCUGUAAGAACUUAAAAAUUUUUUUUAGGAAGAUCAAACUUCUUACUCAAUUGUUGAAAGUUAGCUAGCGCAUCAUUAAUAUACAGGUCAGCUACUACUUACAUUUUCCUAUUUCUCCAAACCUGCAAUGUAGAAUCAGCAAUAUGAUUUGAAAGAUUAGAGUUGCCCCACAAGGGUGUUCUUCUAAGGAAAUUAAUAUUUACAUCUAAAAGUGAGUGAGACUUCUCCCAGGUGGUAAAUGUGUUCAGAAUUAUUGUGUUGUCAGUCAGUGCUGCCAGGCUUUUCCUAUCGCCUAUGAAUGGAAUAUCCUUUAAGGGCACAUGCUUCAUCUCAUGUUGCUCUAUUGAGAUCCAUCUGGCUUCGCUUUUUUCUGCAUGUAGCCAGAUCCAAAUUGGUCUGUACUGAGAGGCGGUGUAGUAAUUACUAAAAUUUGGAAGAUUCAAUCCACCCCUUGAAUACUGAGCCUGUAGCGAGGUUAUCUUAACCCUGAAGUUCUUCUUUUGCCAUAUGAAGGAAUUCAUAAUUUUGUUAAGCUCUCUGAAAAACUUUUUGGGAAUAGUUAUUGGAAGGCAUUGAAACAGAUGUAUAUAUUUAGGCAAAGUAUUCAUUUUAAUGGUAUUGAUUCUGCCUAUGAGUGAUAAAGGUAGAUCCAUCCAUCUUUGGAAGUUAAGUUUAGUUUUUUCCAUUAACUUUGUAUAAUUUUGUUUAAAUAUGUAAUCCUCCGAUUUACCCACUUGGAUACCCAGGUAUUUAAAGCCGUUGUUAUUGCCCGAUGAUAGGCGAAGAGAAGUUUUUGCCCCCCAGGAUAAGAGGUACAGCCUUCUCCAGAAAUCCUACCGCGUCUCGACCUUCAGCUUGCUCCGGUCCCUACAAAGAAAGUGAAACUCGGGGAAAGUCGUCUUCAGAUCAUGGACGAUGACCCUGUGGACAAAUACUUGAAAGAAAACCGUCGGCUCCAGCAGGCCAGCCUUCGCCUGGAGCAGGAAAACGAUAGCUUGGCGCACAGACUAAUCACCAGCAAAGUUGCUUUGAGGAACUCUUUAGACGAGGCAGAAGACAGAGUAGACGAGCUAACCAAAGAUCUCCUUAAGAUCCAACAUCGACUGCAGGCAACUGAAGACGAGAAAAGAGGCAAAGAGGAAGAAGCUGGCAUGCUGAAGGAAGUGUUUCGGAGAGAGCUGGAGAGGGCUGAGCAGGAGAUUAAAAGAUCGUCCGGUAUCAUCUCCGACUACAAACAGAUCUGUUCUCAGCUGACGUCGCGUCUGGAGAGGCAGGAAGCCGCCCACAGAGAGGAGUUGGAUGCACUCAAGAGCACAAUAGAGGCUUGCUCCCAGUGUCGACACGUUGCAGAAUCGAUCCCCGCAGGCCAUGGUGCUGACACACCAGUGCAUGUGGAGGUCGAACCGGGCGGGCGGGAGUCCGACGAAAGCCCCCGACAGCAAGGCAGGAACAGGAAGGACCAGGAGAAGGAGUCUCUGAAGGCCCAGAUCAGAGAGCUGGAGAAGGAGCUGGCCCAGACCAAGCUGCAGGUGGUGGAGGCCAACUGCAAGAUUCAGGAGCUGGAGCACCAGAAGGGAGUCCUAGCCAGCGAUCUCCAGGAAGCAAAAAACAACUGGAUCAGCAAGGCCUUGACGUCGCUGCGGACCUCCGGGGCGGGGGGACACCACGGCAUCGGCAUGCACAGAGAGGGCCUCCCCACCCUGAACUGGAACCUCCACAGCUCCUCCAUCUCAGGAUGGACUCCUAAAAAGCUGUCAUGGCCUCACAAAGACAAUACGAAAAAUGUUUGAAUGGCUGGACUGAGUGUGUGCACCAGUGACAUUCAUCUGGACAGAGAGGUACCUGAGAGUACAGGCGAUGAUGUCACAGGGACUCUCUAUAAUUUUAAACCAACUGUAGCUUGUAAAUAUUUGUAUGUUUUCUUUAAUGUAAAAUACAUUCUCAAUAAAA